ACGCCUGAUCUGCGGCCACCCACAGACAUGCAGGGGUCCUGGGUGCUGCUGCUGCUGGGCCUGAGGCUACAGCUCUCCCUCGGGGUCAUCCCAGAUGUGGAGGAGAACCCAGCCUUCUGGGACCGCAGGGCAGCAGAGGCCCUGGAUGCUGCCAAGAAGCUGCAGCCCAUCCAGACCGUGGCCAAGAACCUCAUCCUCUUCCUGGGCGACGGAAUGGGCGUGCCCACGGUGACAGCCGCUCGGAUCCUAAAGGGGCAGUUGAAUGGAAACCUGGGGCCUGAGACGCCUUUGGCCAUGGACGACUUCCCGUACCUGGCUCUGUCCAAGACAUACAACGUGGACAGACAGGUGCCGGACAGUGCAGGCACGGCCACGGCCUACCUGUGUGGGGUCAAGGCCAACUACGAAACCAUUGGCGUGAGUGCAGCCGCCCGCUUUAACCAGUGCAACACCACACACGGCAACGAGGUCCUCUCGGUGAUGAACCGGGCCAAGAAAGCAGGGAAGUCGGUGGGAGUGGUGACCACCACGAGGGUGCAGCACGCCUCGCCAGCCGGCACCUACGCACACACUGUGAACCGCAACUGGUACUCGGACGCCAGCAUGCCUGCCUCGGCGCUCCAGGAGGGCUGCCAGGACAUCGCCACACAGCUCAUCUCCAACAUGGACAUUGACGUGAUCCUGGGCGGGGGCCGAAAGUACAUGUUCCCCAGAGGGACCCCAGACCCUGAGUACCCCAAUGAUGCCAGCCAGAACGGAACCAGGCUGGAUGGGAAGAACCUGGUGCAGGAGUGGCUGGACAACCACCAGGGUGCCCGGUACGUGUGGAACCGCUCCGAGCUCAUUCAGGCGUCCCUGGACCUGUCUGUGACCCACCUCAUGGGCCUCUUUGAGCCCGGAGACAUGAAAUAUGAGACCCAACGAGACCCCGAACUGGACCCGUCCCUGAUGGAGAUGACGGAGGUGGCCCUGAGCAUGCUAAGCAGGAACCCCCAAGGCUUCUACCUCUUCGUGGAGGGGGGGCGCAUCGACCAUGGUCAUCACCAGAGCACGGCUUAUCGGGCACUGACGGAGGCCAUCAUGUUUGACUCCACCAUCAACAAGACGGGCCAGCUCACCAGCGAGCAGGACACGCUGACCCUGGUCACCGCUGACCACUCCCACGUCUUCUCUUUCGGUGGCUACACACUGCGCGGGAGCUCCAUCUUCGGGCUGGCCCCCAGCAAGGCCCUGGACGGCAAGACCUACACGUCCAUCCUGUACGGCAACGGCCCAGGCUUCGCGCUCGACUCGGGUACCCGGCCCAACGUCAGCGAGAGCCAGAGCGGGGACCCCGCCUACCAGCAGCAGACGGCCGUGCCUCUGUCGUCGGAGACGCACGGCGGCGAGGACGUGGCGGUGUUCGCGCGCGGCCCGCAGGCGCACCUGGUGCACGGCGUGCAGGAGCAGAACUUCAUCGCGCAUGUCAUGGCCUUCGCCGCCUGCCUCGAGCCCUACACCUCCUGCGACCUGGUGUCCCCCACCGACACGGCCGACAUCACCGACAGCGCUCACCCCGGGCCUGCCGCGGGCCCGCUGUCCCUGCCCCUGCUGGCCGGGCCCCUGCUGCUGCUGGCAAAGACCGUCGGGCUCGCGCCUUGA